AUGGAAUUCCAGAAACUCCUCUUUUUCUGCUUAAUUUUCUCUCCUUUCACCAAAAUUAUUGCACUCUCAAAAGAACAAGAGUUGGAUCGUAUUUCAACUCUUCCAGGGCAGCCUCCGGUCACAUUUUCGCAGUUUUCUGGCUAUGUUACCGUCAACAAAAAUCACGGCCGAGCACUGUUUUAUUGGCUUACUGAGGCUACCAGUAAACCGGAGAAUAAGCCUCUUCUUCUUUGGCUCAAUGGAGUGGCAAAUAUUCUUUUUCUGGAAUCGCCAGCCGGAGUCGGGUUCUCUUAUACAAAUACCAGCUCCAAUCUCAAGGACUCUGGCGACAGAAGGACUGCUCAGGAUGCCCUAGUUUUCCUCUUAAAAUGGAUGUCAAGAUUUCCGCAGUACAAACACCGAGAUUUCUACGUAUCCGGAGAGAGUUAUGCAGGGCAUUAUGUACCACAGUUAGCAGAGAAAAUAUAUGAUUAUAACAAAAGAUCUUCCUAUCCAAUCAUCAAUCUUAAAGGAUUCAUUGUAGGAAAUGCAGUCACAGACAACUACUAUGAUAGCAUUGGAACAGUUACUUAUUGGUGGAGCCAUUCUAUGAUAUCGGAUAGAACAUAUAAUUCGAUUAUCAAAUUGUGCGAUUUCAAGUCAGAAAAUUCGUCCCAGAAAUGUGAUGAUGCUAUCAAUUAUGCUAUGAAUCAUGAAUUCGGCGACAUUGAUCAAUACAGCAUCUAUACGUCAUCUUGUAAGGCAAUGCAAGAUAGUACUAAGCAUACUGUAAGGCUUAAGAACACUCUAAUACGCCCAAGGUUUUCUGGAUACGACCCGUGUACUGAGAACUAUGCAGAGAAAUACUAUAAUCGACCAGAUGUACAGAAGGCUAUGCACGCAAACAAAACAGGAAUACCGUAUAAAUGGACUGCUUGCAGUGAUGUACUUAUAAGGAACUGGAAAGACUCCGAGGUUUCAAUGCUGCCUACCUACAAGAAGCUGAUUGCCGCAGGGCUCAGAAUAUGGGUUUUCAGCGGGGACACAGAUUCAGUAGUACCAGUUACUGCAACUCGGUUUUCCUUGAGCCAUCUAAAUCUCAAAGUCAAAACUCCCUGGUACCCUUGGUACUCUGCUAGUCAGGUAGGAGGGUGGACAGAGGUUUAUGAGGGGAUAACAUUUGCUACAAUUAGAGGAGCAGGACAUGAAGUACCACUGUUUCAGCCUAGAAGAGCUUUUAUUCUUUUUAAGACAUUCUUGGCUGGCAAAAACUUGCCAAGAUCUUGA